AAAAAAAACAUUAAUAUAAACUAAAUUGCUAAUUAAACACACACACACACGCGCGCGCAUGUGUAUACACACACAAUUAUGUAGCAAAAGGUACACACAUGUAAAGGUAACCUAUACACAAAGAAAGUCAAUCAUAUAGAUGUAUAGUUAUCUAUCAUACGAACAAAUACACACAUAGAUGCAGGCACACUCACACUAACGUAACCACAGGCACGCACGCUACAAUACAGACUGAAGCAGCUACAUAAACACACCCACGGAUAAAUACACACCUCAACGGUGACACGAAAUCGCGCGCUCAGACACACAGACACAGCUGUACAUUGAAUGCGGACAGCGCAUACACGCACAUAAUCAUUUAAUAUUCAUUUACGCACACACGCACACACGUACACAUACUUUCCCCUCGAUAUACGUACAAAAUCGAUCAAUUUCCAUUCAAUAUAACACGCAUACAUAUAUAAACACUUUUUUUUUUCCGCGAACACACAAACACAAACACGCGCACACAUAUAUCGCCAUUCAUACAUACACAUAUACUGUCAUUCACACACGUAAACAUCUACCGUCACUCACACACGUAUACACAUACCGUCAUUGAUACACGCACACACACAUACAGACACAUGCACACAUAAAUAUACCGUCAUUGACACACAGACACAUAUAGUUUGUCUUCCCCCCCAAAAAAAAACACAUACAUACACGCAACUAUACAUCAUCAAUACAGACGAACUGAAGCGACCGCAUUCACCGUCUUUCUCCGCUAAAAUCCUCAUAAAAAUAAUACAGAGGGAAAACAUGGCGGACAGCAGAAGCGAAGGCAUCGCUCUGGAGGCACCGAAACACGAAAAGAGACCUCGAGACAGUAUUCUAGUCCAAGAAUCUAAGGACGAACUAACAGAUCUACCCAGUGAGGCCAAACGAAACAGCUCGUCCCGUUUUAAAGUGCAUCGUGUCUCCAUUGCCGAACCGUGCGAAGAUGAAGACGAUAGCGCUCCUCCACAGCAACACUAUCGCUAUAGUAUUGAUAGCGGUAGCGAGAGAAUCCUUGACUCGCCACAUGGAACCUUUUCUUUCAGUCCAUCGGACACUUACAGGACUCAUUCGUACGAUACGAGUAAUCUGAAGACAUUUGGAGGUAACACACACGAGGCCAUUCCUCACUUGGACCAUUAUAGGAAUCUUUUAUCAACUACAGCAGCGUUAAAAUCACGCCCGACUCUUCAGGAACUUCAUGAAGGUAAACUGCCAACGAUGUUUAAAAAGGAUGAUGAGCAGAAGAACAAAGUUGCUGCUCCAUUAUUGCCAGAUGAAGAGAGAGGGGGUAAAGAGGUUACUACUGCUUCUUCAAGUGCACCUCAAGCUGCCACCAAGUUCGGAUGGAUAAAAGGCGUUUUGGUACGAUGUCUGCUCAACAUCUGGGGUGUGAUGCUGUUUCUGCGUCUGUCAUGGGUGGUUGGUCAAGCUGGCAUUGGACUCUCUACGGUGGUCAUAUUGCUGGCUGCUGUUGUGACAACGAUUACCACCUUAUCCAUGUCAGCCAUUUGCACCAAUGGAGAAGUGAAAGGAGGUGGUGCUUAUUAUUUGAUAUCCAGAAGUCUUGGGCCUGAGUUUGGUGGUGCUAUUGGUAUAGUGUUUUCUAUUGCCAAUGCUGUUGCAAUAGCUAUGUAUGUAGUAGGAUUUGCUGAGACUGUGAGAGAUUUAUUGAAAGCUAACAAUGCCUUAUUAAUUGAUGAGGUGAACGAUAUCCGGAUCAUAGGGGUGAUAACGAUUACUCUUUUGCUGGGUAUAGCUAUCAUUGGUAUGGAGUGGGAGGCACGGGCUCAGUUGAUAUUGUUGGGAAUAUUACUUAUAUCAAUGUCUGCCUAUAUCAUUGGAACAUUUAUCGCACCAAACAAUGAUAACUUUUCCAAAGGUUACACUGGCUAUAGAGUUGAUGUUUUCAAAGAAAAUUUCCUGCCAGAUUUCCGAAAUGAGGAGUUCUUCUCUGUGUUUUCCAUCUUCUUUCCUGCUGCCACAGGAAUUCUUGCCGGUGCUAAUAUUUCUGGUGAUCUAAAGGAUGCCCAAGUGUCUAUCCCCAAAGGAACCUUAUUAGCCAUUGCCAUCAGUUCAGUUGUUUAUAUUCUUUGUGCAUGGUCAUUAGGUGCCUGCAUUGUCCGUGAUGCAAGUGGAGCAAUUUUUUAUGCAGCUGUGAAUGCAACGAUCGACGGUGAUAUGACACUUUAUAACUCCACUGCAGAGGAUGGUAUUAAAAAGGUACCAUUUGUUACCAUGUCUCUUAUGCGUAACUGCACUUUGGGUGAAGAUGGUGCGUGCAAAUAUGGCCUCCAGCAUGACUUCCAGGUAAUGGAGCGUAUUGCAAUAUUUGGACCCUUGGUUACAGCCGGUAUUUUCUCUGCAACUCUUUCUUCAGCUCUUGCAAGUCUUGUCUCUGCUCCCAAGGUCUUCCAGGCUGUUUGCAAGGAUAGGAUCUUCCCUGGAAUCCAUGUUCUUGCUAAGGGUGCCGGUAAGGGUGACAAUCCCCGAAGGCUAUAUUUUCUUGCCUAUUUCAUUGGGAUUGCCUUCAUUUGCAUAGGUGAACUAAAUGCCAUUGCUCCAAUCAUAUCAAAUUUUUUCCUCAUGUCAUAUGCUCUCAUUAACUAUUCCUGUUUUGAUGCUUCUUUGGCUAACUCACCGGGAUGGCGGCCAGCAUUCCAAUUUUAUUCCAUGUGGGUUAGUCUUUUAGGGGCCAUUUUAUGCAUUGCUGUGAUGUUCAUCAUUAAAUGGUGGACUGCUUUACUCACAUUUGCUGUCAUAGCGUCACUGUAUAUUUAUGUGCAUCACAGAAAACCAGAUGUUAACUGGGGUUCAUCGACACAAGCUCAUGUAUAUAAGAGUGCUUUGCAGUCUACUCUCAAGCUAAUAGCUGUUGAGGACCAUAUCAAAAAUUUCAGACCUCAAGUUCUCCUUCUAAGUGGUUUACCCAGUAGCCGUCCUGCCUUGGUGGACUUUGCAUCCAGUUUCACUCGUAACUCCAGUUUAAUGAUGUGCUGCAAUGUUAUUGUGGAUCCAAAUGUCGACAGCUUAAAAGUACAAAGAACUAAAGAAGAAUACAGUUGGCUUCAACGUAGGAAAAUAAAAUGUUUUUAUGCACCAAUUGUUGCUCCAGACUUUCGUUUAGGAGUCCAAGCAUUUAUGCAGACAUGCGGAAUAGGGAAGUUACGUCCAAACACUAUGGUUAUUGGUUUUAAGAAUCGGUGGAGGCAGGGAGAACCGAAAGAAGUCGAGGAUUACUUUAAUACCAUUCAUGACGGAUUUGAUAUGCAGUUUGGUGUUGGUAUUCUCCGUGUUAAAGAAGGCUUUCAAUGUGACCCAAAUUUUGUGGACCCUCCAAGGAAAGAAAUUGAAGAAGAACCUCCCGAAGAAGGAUUACCAAUAACUAUUUGUCUGGAAAAUGAUUUGAUUGAGCCAGCGCCGCAACGUUACGAUGACGAUGAUAUUGAGGAACCGAAAACUCCAGAACGCCGUCCAAGUAUCUUUGACAGUACCCUGCUUCAGGGCAUGGAUGAUAUUAUAGCCACACCAGACGUCAUCCAUGAGAGUAUUGUGAAGCCAGAUAACUUUUCUGAGGAAACGCUCAAAAUGAUGAACCGGUUUAAUGAAAAGCAGAAGAAGGGCACCAUUGAUGUUUGGUGGCUCUUUGAUGAUGGAGGUCUGACUCUGUUGAUUCCAUACUUGAUUUCCCUGGAAUCUAACUGGAAUAAAAACAAGUUACGGGUAUUUACUGCUGGGACCAAGAAGGGAGAACUGGAUCGUGAACAGCGACAACUUGCAACGUUGCUAAGCAAAUUCCGUAUAGAAUGCAAAGAUAUGACUGUGAUUCCAGAUGUUGGCAAAAUUCCCCGGAGAGAGAAGAGGCAAGAGUUUGACAGUCUUCUUGAAGGUUUCAUUUUGGAUGAAGAGAAAGGGGAAACUAAAGAGAAGUAUCCAUGGAAAACAACUCGUGACCAAUUGAAACUUCUUAAAGAUAAGACGAACCGGCAUAUACGGUUAAGGGAGUUAUUGUUGCAACACUCCUCUGAGGCCAGUUUAAUUGUUAUGACUUUACCAAUGCCACGGAAAGGCACUUGUUCAUCUGGUCUCUACAUGGCCUGGAUAGAUACUCUCACAAGGGACUUGCCACCAAUUUUAUUGUUGAGAGGAAACCAGAAGAGUGUUUUAACUUUUUACUCCUAGAAGUUUUGCAGUUAUUUUUAUUUUUUUUCAAAUUUUAUAUUAAUAUCAUUAUUAUUAUCAUUAUUAUUAUUAUUAUUAUUAUUAUUAUUAUUAACAACAUUUUAAA